GAAAAGUGACGUGGGUGCACGGCUCGGAUUAUCGCCAAGUUUUAGCACACCGUCAUCUCUCUCUCUCCCUCUCUCUCCUACGCAUACAUACAAACAGGCAGAGCACACGAGAAGCAGAGAGAAGGGGAUCCUCUCGCUCCGGACUCUGGCGACAUCCAUUCCUCUCUACUAUACCUUCUCUCUCAGAGAAACGUGCUCUGCCAAGUUGAGAAAGUAGCCCACAGAAGAUAACCCCCUCCCGCCAUGGAAGAAGAGAUACUGUCUUACAUGUCUUCUUCACUUCGCAAGAACAUCUCAUCUUCCUCCACGAUCCGAUUCCUCGGCUUGCUAAAACAACCAGAUUCCAAUUCUAACCCCUUCGAGUUGGACGAGAGUGACGUGGUUUGGUCCUCCCAACUCUCUGAUUCUCCCUCUCCCAAGGACGAAUCCCUUGGUUCCACUUCUCCGGUUCCGUCGACGGUAUCGAAUUCUCCCAACAAUCAGCGUAACCCUUUCCGUCCACGGAGAUUCGGUCUCUCCGCCGCAUUAUCCGAUGAUCACCGCCCUCUCAUUCAGCGAAAACCAGCGUUGGACCCUUCGCUAUCCGCGGCCAGUGCGGCACGUACAAUCCCACCCGUGUCGAUUCCCAGGUCAGGUUCCAGCUCCGAGGUGUUGGCCGGGUCGUCUUCUGGGAAAUUCCAUCAGUCGGCCCCAGUCAAUGUGCCGGUCUGGCCCAAGGGAAGUGGCUCCCAUGGAUCUGCUAAAUUGGGGUAUUUCGAGGAGGACGACGAAGACAAGGAGGACGAGAUGCUCCCGCCACAUGAGAUCGUUGCCAGGUCGCAUCGCACGACCUUCUCGGUGUUUGAGGGUGCCGGACGGACGCUUAAGGGGAGGGAUCUGCGCCGUGUCCGAAAUGACGUUUGGCAGAGGACAGGUUUUCUAGACUGAAAUCUCAAAUUUAACCUGUAUGGAAAGCCUGGAAGGUAGCAAGAAGAAUUGGGCAACAGGGUACAAACUCACAAACCCUAGUCUUUUAGCAAGGUGGAUACAAAAGGAGAAAAUACAAAGACAAUUUGUUGUUGCCAAAGAAUUAACCACUUGCGCUGAAUUUUACAGUGAGAUUUUCUCAUAGUUGUAUCUAGAAACAGAACAACAGAUAAGAGGAGGAAAAUUACGUUUACGUUUGCUUGAAAUGGUUAGAACUA